GUGGGGGAGGCCGAAGUUUGUCGUUGAGAGAGGCGGAGAGAGAGGCUCGACGUGGAGGUCGGCGUUGUGAAGUAGAUCGAGAGAGAGAGGGCGAGCGAGUUCGACGAACGAGUGGCGUGGAACUCGGCGCUGUGAACGAGAUCAAGAGAGAGUGUGGUGACCAGAACAAAAGACGCUGGGGAAAGAAUUGUAAAGGAAAACCCUAGCGAGAGAAAAAAUAAUUUUCAAAAAUGGCAACGAUAGGAGAGAAAUCUUGUCUAGAUAUUGAGGCCGGCCCUCAUAGCGCUUCUGCCGCCGGAGAGAGCGACGGUAGCCUCUGCUUCUCCGACGCUGAUGAUGCGUCCUGGCAUUCUCCUCACGACUCAAACCGCAAUGCUUCUCCUUCUGAGGAAUUAUUACAGCGGUCGGGAGCAUCAAACGAUGAAAUUGACGGGGUUGGUGAGCCCGGCAGGAGCCCGUGCUGCAUCUCAGAGUCCUCUUUUGAGGUCGAUUUGGAGAAGAACGAGGCUGAUUGUAGGAUUUGCCACCUUAAUUUGGAGAGUAAAGAAUUGGGUAUUCCCAUUGUGUUGGGUUGCUCUUGCAGGAAUGAUUUGGCUGCUGCCCACAAGCAAUGUGCUGAGACUUGGUUCAAGGUCAAAGGAAACAAGACAUGUGAGAUUUGUGGCUCCACAGCGAAGAAUGUGGGAAACCCUGAGCAUUUGAACGAAGCUUACAGUCAUAUUGUCGCAUCAGCACGUCCAAACGAAACCUGUAGAUUUUGGCGAGGACAUCGCUUCCUCAACCUCCUGCUCGCUUGCUUAAUAUUCGCCUUUGUCGUCUCCUGGCUCUUUCGCUUCAAUACCUGAAGUUGAUCCCUGCACAAAAAGCACAAUAAAAAUAAGAAGUGUUGGCCCUUGGGAGGCAACAGCCUUUGUUGCAUUGUCGAAAUACGCCAAUAAGAAAGAUGUCUGGGUGAAAUUUUUGGUUCUGUCGGUUCGUAGUAAUCUGUUGAUCAACUUGCU